AUCUUUAUCCUUUUUCCUUGCUUUUCACUGCCUUUGCUUACUCAACUCAACCGAAAACAAGGGUUAGGUUUUUUCUCUCAAUUUCUCCCUUUAAUCGAUUCAUGGACCCAACCAAGAAGCGCAAACUCGAUGAAAACGGCGCCCCAACUGCUGAAAUUGACUCUGCCAACAUUCUUAAUCCCCAUGAUUCUCGCAAGAUCGUCGAACGCCUAACCACUGAUCAACUGCUCGAUAUUCUUUCCGCCGCUGUUACUCGCCACCCGGAUGUCCUAGAAGCUGUCCGAUCUAUUGCAGAUGCUGACCCCACUCAACGUAAGCUUUUCAUCCGUGGCCUCGGCUGGGACACCACCGCCGAGAGCCUCCGUAACAAUUUCUCCGUUUAUGGAGAGCUUGAGGAAGCCGUGGUUAUCCUCGACAAAGCCACCGGAAAAUCCAAAGGGUAUGGCUUUAUCACGUUCAAGCACAUUGACGGCGCCAUGCUCGCUCUUAAAGAGCCUAGUAAGAAAAUUGACGGACGCGUGACGGUUACGAAUCUCGCAGUUGCUGGAAAUUCAGCGAAUAGUACUAACAAUCCUGUGGAUGUGUCGUUGAGGAAGAUAUUUGUCGGGAAUGUACCAAACGACAUGUCGGCUGACAAAUUGCUUGCACAUUUUUCUUGUUACGGAGAGAUUGAAGAGGGUCCGUUAGGGUUUGAUAAACAGACGGGGAAACCAAAGGGAUUUGCUUUGUUUGUUUAUAAGACGGCGGAAGGGGCUCAAGCUGCGCUUGUGGAUCCGAUAAAGACUGUGGAGGGGAAACAAUUGAAUUGUAGAUUGGCUGAUAAUAAGAAGGCAAAGGGUCCUGAUGGAAUUCCCCCUGGUGGGCCCGGGAAUGUUAAUGUUAAUCAUGGCGAUGGGAUGGGGAUGGUUCCGCCUUCUGCCGGAGGAUCCAUGCCCGGUUCCUAUGGUGGACUCGGUGGACAUGGGUCGUACGGCCCCUAUUCAGGUGCGCCACCCUUGGGUCAUCAUGUGAACUCUUCUUUAGGAGGACCAGGACAGGUGCCCUCGUCUUUGGGAGGUGUUGCUGCUGGUGGUUAUGGUGCUGGGUUGGGUGGGCCAUAUAGCGGUUAUGCUGGGCCAGGCUCGGCUGGUUAUGGAGGUCUUGCUGGUGCUGCGGGUAGUGGUGGAUUGGGAGGUGGUUCUUCCUUGUACAGGUUGCCACCAAGUUCGGUUGGAAUGCCUUCUGCUGGGUAUCCUGAAGGUGGGCAGUACAACUUGUCAUCUACAUCCUCUGCUUAUCCUAGUCAGCAUCCUCAGGCAACCGGAACAUCCCCUGUGCCUAGGAUUCCUCCUAUGUAUCCCAAUGUUCCUCCUUAUUACUGAGGAUAGGGUACAAGAUGAAGUUCCCAAGUGAGCAUUUUACAGUUGUCUGCUGAUGUGCCCUAACUAUUGUGAACUUGUUUUGUUGUGUAAUGUGUGUAUGUUAAUGGCGAUUUGGAGUGGAACAUGUGAUGACGAGGUAGGGUGGCUCUCCAAUUUGGAAAUGUUUGCCCAAGGUUCACCUUCAUUAUGGCGGUGUUGCUGAAAAGUGAGACCUGACCUGUAAAUCAUCUCAUUAAACAGCGGAAAGACUAGUAUUAACCAUUUCAGAAUGGGUUGUACCUUUGUAAGUAUCAUGUCAUUAGUCUUCAGUUUGUGUAAUUUUCGUCUCAUGAGGAUUGAGGACCCAGUAAUUUAAAAUUUUCAUCUCUCACGUA